CUCCCAGUCAGUUGGCAUUCGGGCUCUCCAUUGCGACUCGCUACAACCACUCGACGAUGUACUCGGGUACGCUGGGGAGGGUGAACGCCCUCGAGUUCCGCGACUCGUCGCCGACCAAGCUCACACCAAGGGGGUCCCCGAUAAAGAGCGUCAUGCAACCGUGUCAAGUGGCCCCCGCAUCGUCGGACGCUAUUCAAAAGGCGUUUGAAAAGAUGAAGGAAGAAGUCGCACAGGGGGGAUCGACGGCGUGCGCGGGGUUCACGGAAGCUGAUUUGCUAGCGUGCUUCAACUUGACACCGUCCCCCACCAAACAACAGCAGCGUUUUUCUGCAACGACCCCGUCGUUCCCCAACAAAGAGCCAGACCCAGCGCCCAAGGGCGUCGACGAACACGCGCUUCUGCUCAACGCGCUCUUGUCGUCGCUAGCCAAACUCAACGUGAACAAGUCGAGAAACGAGCAAGAAGAAGAAGAAGACGACGAGCCACCCUACUCCCCGUCGUCGCAGCAGUAUCAUGCAGCAGCCCUGAUCACCCCCCCUCCAAGCCCCGUGUUGUCAGCCAAACCAUCGCCGAUCAAGCGGUCCCCGAGCUCGCUCGGCCGGAUUCAAGAGAACGUCAACGAAGACAUGGAGUCCCCGCGGUCUUGCUCCGAACCGACGACAGAUGUGACGAUCUUGCCCAUCCACGAAGUGAAGCGGUGCUUGAGAGGGGGAUCGUUUGCAUCGCGCAUUCGCGUGCGGCGGCAGCCCAGUUUGAAAGAACUCGACGCCAAGCGCGUGAGCGACGUGGUGGAGAAACUGAACCGAAGCAGCAUCGUCCAGCUCUCAGCGUCGCCGCGGCGACUGAGCGUCGUGGACCCGAAAACAAGGUCGCUGAGUCGGGUCAACAGCCUUGACGAGCUGCAGCCCCCCGAUGCCCCCACCCCCCUCAGCCGAAAGCCGAGCCUCGUAACCCACUCGUCGUCCCCUCGGUCGCUGAGUCGGCGGUCCUCGAGCGUGUCCUUUGCGUCCCCUCCCGUGAUCGUCGUCGCCGAGCCCCCUGCGACGCUGCGCAAGAAAAAGAAAAAGUUUCAAAACCACCAGGCCCGCAUGUCCACUUUGGCAUCGCACAUCAAGAAGCUCCUCUUGCGAUCGGACAAGGCCAAGCGUACCAAGGUGCAACUGGAUGCGUCGACUCGAGUGAGCAACAUGCGGCUGGGGUCGUCGCCGAAAAAGUGCAAAGUCAAACACGAAGACCUGAUUACAUUUACGCGCCCCAACUGCCGCCCGCGGCGGUGGGUGCCCAAAGCCGGCGAGCCACGUAUGUUUGGACAUUCCACGUGGCUGCCAAAACAACCCGAACUUAUCUCAUAGUUGCACGUUCCUCUAGUGCUGGAGCGUCAACAAUCGUACGUGAGCUUGGACGUGAUGGACAACAUUGGCACUCGAGCAGCGUGUCCGGUGCAUUUGCUGUCGGAGAAGCCCAACACGGAUUUUUCGUACGUGCCUGGCGUUGUGAAUUCGCACAAUCGCCGCCGCCGUCGCCGGUCCAGUCGGCACCCCAAGCUCAUGAAACGGCCGUCGCUAUGGAUCGUGGACUAGGCAGCACCAACCAUCAUCGCACGCCACAUGAAGAUCUCCGUCUAACUUACCAACAACCUUUCAGAAUCAAUCAGAACGAUGCUGCUUUUGUGUGGCCAGAACUUGGCACGUGCGUUGCUGCGUGGGGCAUGCAUGUACUACUACGUAGUACAGUGUACCUGGUACAUAACGUUACUCUGGACUUGCCAUGCAACCCCCCGCAAUGUCAGUUGAUGGCCAGACGAGAUGUGCAGGCCUAUCCAUGCCUCUCAUCCCCCACAUCAAUUCAAGCGCAGGCUGUUGUGGCAAGUUGGAAACGUUUCGGGCUACCGAUACAGUAUGACAGCUGGUAAGUUAAGAACUUGUUGUUCG